AUGGACCCGCCGCGGGAUGGGGACGACCUGAGACCGACGACCGUGGUCGAGGACAUGGCUGCGCGGCUGGGGCUGAGCACCGAGGUGCGCUCUCCUGCACAGCUGAUGCAGCAGCUCGGGCUCGAACAGAGGGUGAUCGACAUGCACGACGACCUGCCGCCGGGCAUAGACGAGCCGUCGUUGCCUGCCCUGCCCGGGUUUGGCUACAGACAAACGAAUCAGUACGACGCCCCUCCGUCCGACUAUAGAGCGCCCCCGCCAGCGGAGGAGUAUCAGCAGCCCAGCUACGACUCGCAGAGCUACCAGCCUCCGGCCGGGUACGAGGGCGGGUACGAGGGCGGGUAUGAGGCCGAGUACGACCCGCAAAGCUACGAGGCGCGCACUCGCCAAAGACAGAGGCCGCCUGAUAUGCGCCUCUCUCCCGCGCUCGCGCCGCUUAGCAUUGAUAGCAUUGAUGAGGAACACCCGCCGAGCUUUGAUGCCAGCGAGGCGGCCGAGGCCGUCGGCGUGCAGGCGCGGAGUACGGGCGGGCCUAGUGAUUUGCCACCGGGAUACUUUGGCGCGCCUAGUGGGGGCCCGCCGGCUUAUUCGUAG